AUGGGCAUUUUUAAAUCCUUAGGGGGCAGCAGCUCCUCCAACCACACAUGCCCAACACUCUCCUUAUAUGAGUCCAAGACCGAUCCCAUCACCGGGUCCUGGACCUUUCACAAACUCAACCUCGUUAUCUCAGGCGCCGCCGUCGCCUUCUCGUGUCUUUCUAUCUUCAUACUCAUGGCAAACCAUGCAAUGCACCUCAGUAAGCCGAAUGAGCAGCUCAAGAUCAUGCGCAUCUGCCUCUUAAUUCCCGUAUACGGCAUACUCUGUUUCCUCUCCGUGGUCGCUCCCGAAGCAUACGUCUACCUACACCCAUGGACGGAUCUGGCACAGGCGGUGGCCCUCGGCAACUUCUUUCUCCUGCUGUGCGAAUUGGUCUCGCCCAAUGGCAACGAGCGUGAUACCUUCUUUGCAGCGCUCAAGGUGCCCGCCAAGAAAAAAAGAAGGAAUGGUGGUGCCUCCUCAGCCCAGGAUGGGUUGACCUGGUACAGGAGGAAAUGGAUCGCCAUCUUCCAGUUCACUCCUGUCUCGAUCCUCAUUGGCAUCUUUACUUGCAUCACCCAGGCGGCCAAGGUUUACUGCCUGACCAGCAAUAAGCCGUACUUUGCGCACUUGUGGUUGAACAUCAUACACUUCCUCUCUCUCUUCGUGGCCGUCAUGUCCGUCCUCCAAUUUUACAAGGCCCUCCGUAGCGAACUCUCGAGUCACAAGCCCCUCGCCAAGCUCCUCGCCUUCAAGCUCCUCGUCUUCCUCAACUUCGUCCUGCAGAUCAUCUUUAUGAUCCUCAACGGCAUCAGCCCUUCCCCUCUCGCCCCGACCUCCCAGCUCAGCUACUCUGACAUGACCGUCGGCAUCCCCAUGCUCAUCAACUGCCUCCUCAUGGUCCCCUUCAGCAUCUUCUUCCACUGGGCCUACGACGUCACGUCCUACCAUCUUUCUCAUACUCCUGCCACCGCUUUCGCCGCCACCGUCGAUAAUGACCUGGAGGAGAUGCGUCCUGUGGUGGGCAAUGCCAACCCGCCUCAGAACCGCCCGAUCCGCUACCAGGGAGGACCCUUGGGUAUCAAGGCGUGGGUCUGGGUCUGGAACCCCAUGGAGCUGAUCCAUGCCAUCGUCUUCUCGUUUACCAUGUUCUCUGAAAGCAGGAAGGCCGGAGGGUCUGGCAGGGGCGCGUAUGUCUACGAGCAGAGCCCUGGCCUGGGAGACCAGCGCACCAGUUAUGAGGGCUACGGCAGAGGAGCAUAUGGAGGAGGUGCUGGUGGAAUUGGCUAUCAUGGCUAG